UUAUUGCAGUAUUGUAUUGCAAUAUUGCUACAAUAUUGUAUUGCAAUAUUAAAAGUGGACAUUUUACCGUUGUUGCAAUAUUGCAGUAAAUGUUGCAGCAACAUUUUGCAAAUUUCUACAAUGUUGCAAUCUUGCAAAGAAAUGAUUCUGUAAAAUUGCUGCGCUAUAUGAGUAUUUUCAUAUAUUUUCUCUUUUAUUGUUGUUUCAGUGUAUACUAAUGAGUGAACGUAAAUUUUUUAGCACAUUUUCAAAAACAUCCGGUGUAAAAAUUUGAAACAUCAGAUAUUCUGUCUUUCAAUUCAUCGUUGUUUACAAUGUUUCGUCUCAUAGUUAUUAUACUAAUCAAAUAUUCCAAAUAAAAAAAGUUUAGAAUAUUCAUGUCAGAAGAUCUCAAUGGCCACAUUAUCAAUGUGAAUUACAAUAAUCGUCUCAUUUAUUAAUUAAUAAUCUAUUUUAUUGUAUUUAAAACAUUACAAACAAUGUAAACCAAAGUGAGCUAGAACCCGAUGUUAUGCUUCUUAAUAGAUAAAAGUAAAUUUGCUCUGCUCCCUGCAUUUCUGGGUUCUUGCCGCGACCAUGUUAGAUUGUGACGUCACACGCAAGAAAGUAUACAAGCUAAAAAUUCUUACAUGCCAUUUUUAAAUAAAAAUAUAUAAGGUCGCCACCUUGGAUAUGCUACAGUAUAAAGACGUGCUUUCAAAUGCUAUCGUUGAACUUCAAUAAAUCAGCCUAUUUGUGGGCUACCUCGUGGUUUUUUUCCAAACCCAGAAGCAUUAAUUAUCGAGUGCUAGCAUUGACGAAAAGAAAAUUGGAGCAGCCAUACGCGAAAACCUUCCCAUCUCGACCGUUCUUCGGACCUGCCGGGCAGCGAGCGGCGGACCUUUGCUUCGGAUGUUUGCUUCCUGCGCAAAUUUUCCUCUUCCUUUUCGCCUUCUCAUGCAAAUACAAUUUUCGAGGCGAUGGCAACCAAAAAAGACCUUUUUGCAAAUUGUUAUUGUGGAAAGUGAUUAUAGGUGCAAUUUAUGACAAGAGACCCAAUGUAUCUGUUGCGGAUUUAUCAUUAUAUGCAGGACAAUGGUUAAAGAAUGCUCCAUAUGGAAAACAAGAUGAUGGAAGUUACGGAAGACGUGAUAAAAAGUUUAAAGAAGCAGAUGAGCACUUAUCUUCAUAAGCAUUUAUCCAUAUUUUAUUUUGUUUGGCAAACAUGCAUUGAUAUUUUAUUUAUUCACAUUUUAUUCACAGUUUCAGCAGUUAUGUUUACAGUUUACAUGUUCAAUAUAGUUUAUGUUUACCAUUUUAUGUUUACACAUAUAUAUUUAUAAUA